UUACAUGUUUUCUUCAAACAUUGGAUUUUCUUUCUAAACAUGGCUGGAAACUAUGGCUUCUCAAUGGACCCAGAGAAUACAAAAAAAUAUCUGGUAACAACUGUUGGAAGUUUUCUCCAAGAUAGAUUGCUUGAUAAAGAACUGAGAAUCCAACAGAAAGAACAGUGUGCAGAGAGAUUGGCAGCCGAGGAUGGGACUAAUGACAAGGACAUGGAAGUUGGGUACUCUGAUCAAGCUGUGUUAGCCAAUUUAGAUUGGGGAAUUGAUGCCCUUGAUGAAGCAAUUAACACUAGUAAUAUGGAAACUAAGCUGGCACGCCUUGAUUAUGCAGAGAAGAUGUUACAGGUUUGUGCCAUGUUGAAUUCUGGCCGAAAAACUGCAGGGGUACCUAACUUUUAUCUGUCUGCUUGGGCCCAUCUCAACCUUUCUUAUUUGUGGAAAUUGAGGAACAAUUCCCAUAAUGCUGUUCUUCAUAUCCUUGAGAUGUUCCAUGUUGACCCUUUCUUCUCUCGCAUAGAUUUUGCCCCUGAACUAUGGAGAGAUCUAUUUCUUCCUCACAUGAGCGCAAUUGUAGGAUGGUACACUCAGGAAAGACGUAGGCUUGUAAUGGAAGCUAUACCAGAUUCCUCUGAUUUGUCAUUGACUGUUGAUUUUGAUCAAUGUUUCAAUGAAUCUCUAAUAUUUUCUUUGAGGCCUGAUCAAGCGGAAAAAGUGCAGAGACUGGAAGAGCUUUAUGGACAAUCACUGGAUGAAAACACAAAGCUCUACGCUAAGUAUUAUCGAGAAAGCAUGAUGAAUGUUGAUUCUACAAAUGGGAAAGUGAUUCCCAUGAUACCAAUAGCCGAGCCACCCAUGACUCCUUUGCAUGAAGUUAGCAGGUCUAUUCCUGACUUCAUCAAAUUUGGACCCAUCUUGCCAAAGAGUGCUGGAUUCUCUCCAAUGAUGAAACAUAGAAGAAAUGAAAGAGAAGAAGGUACAAGUCCUCAUUCCAGUCGAUCGUGGAGAACUUCCACCACCAUGGAAGACCAAGGAGAGUCUUUCAUUUCAAAUAUGCAAGAAAACGGAGAUGAAUUUGACAAGGAGCGUGAUGCGUGUGAGAAUUCUGAGAUUAAAUCUCACAUAGUACCUCUUAACAGCUUCAGGAUGAACAAUUAUGAUGGAACUAACCUUAAUACCAAAUCAAAAGAAUCAAAUAGUAGUAGGAGGCAUUCUCCUCUGCAUUCCCCUACAACUCCUUCUCCAAAGAAUUCGCCAUCUUCAGGACAAGACGUACAUCAUUGGAAGAAUCCUGUUUCUGUGUUACGACUUUUGUCAACUCGUGCUGCUGCAGAGUCCCCCAUUAACUCCCCAUCACCUGUUGCUUCUCCUCAACUGCGUGAUGAUUCAAGUAGUGGUUCCUUAGACUCAGAUUGUGAAUCAACGGGGAUAAAGAGAGGCGGUAGGAGAAAAGUUGGUCCCGAGUGGAGCACGGAUUUUGAAAAUGUAGCCAGCCAAGAACAAAGGAAUAGCCCACUAAUGAGUGGAAGUGAUGAAGGAAGUUAUAGUAGUGCAUCUCUACCACUGUCUGAGAAAUUAUCUCAAGCAAGACCAAAGGAUUUUGUCUGCCCAAUCACUGGACAAAUCUUUGAUGAUCCUGUGACCCUUGAAACAGGCCAGACAUAUGAAAGAAGAGCAAUUGAAGAAUGGAUGAACAGAGGAAAUACAUCUUGUCCUAUCACAAGGCAACCUUUAUCUGCAUCCACGCUUCCAAAAACAAACUAUGUUCUAAAGAGGCUAAUAACCACCUGGAAAGAGCAGAAUCCCGAUAUUGCUCUGGAGUUUUCUUAUGCAGAAACACCUAGAAGUUCUCUCAGUAAUCUCUCUUCAAAAGAAACAUCCACUCCAUCUAGAGUGUCUAAUAGCCCUUCUAACAAUAGAGCAAGGACUGAAUAUAGCAACACUAGUAGGCUGAGUAGAUUUAUGCGAGAAACAGAGUCAAAAUCACCAACCAGUGUGAUAUCUCAGGCUGCUCUUGAAACAAUAAUAAAUGGUUUGGAACCCCACAUUACAUGUUUAUGCACUUCCGAGAAUUUACAAGAAUGCGAAGCAGCUGUCUUGACUAUCGUGAAAAAAUGGAAGGACGCAAAAGGUGAUCCUGGUCUUCAUUCUUUCUUGUCCAAGCCUACAAUAACAAAUUCAUUCAUGGAGAUAUUAACAGCUUCUAUGAACAGGGAGAUUCUAAGUGCAUCUGUUUACAUCCUCUCUGAACUAAUAUUUGCUGAUGAUGGUGCUGUUGUUGAAACCCUCACAAACGUGAACUCUGAUUUUGAUUGUUUGGCUUCUCUUCUUAAAAAUGGCCUAGCUCAUGCUUCUGUUCUUAUAUACUUAUUGAGACCAACAUUCUCUCAGCUUUCAUCUCAGGAUCUUGUGCCCUCUCUUGUCCAACUUAUUUUAAUGAAAAGUGACGAGUUUGAGGAAUUUCAAUUGGUUAUGGAGCCCAAGGAUGCUUCCAUAGUAAUACUUGACCAAUUGCUGACAGGAGGAGAUGAAAACAGCAGGAUAGUUAACGCCAAGAAUGUUGUUGAUGCAAAUACUAUCCCUGUGUUGGUUAAAUGCCUAGACAGGACUGAUGUGAGGCAGUCUGUUGUAUCCAUACUGUUUUACUGUAUGAUGGCAGAUAAGAGUUGCAAGAACAUAAUAGCGAGCAGGGUUGAGUUGUCUCUCGUUCUUGAAUUGUUUCAUAGUGGAAAUGAUGGCGUCAAAGGCCUGUGUGUUGAUUUUUUAUCUGAAUUGGUUCAACAGAACAGGAGAACAUCUUGCAACCAGGUUCUGCAGAUAAUUAAGGAUGAAAGGGAAUUUAGUAUCAUGCACACCUUUCUUGUCUACUUACAGAUGGCUCCAAUGGAUCAGCAGCCUUCUCUAGCUACUCUUCUUCUUCAGCUAGAUCUCCUGGUUGAUCCUCGGAAGAUGAGCAUUUACAGAGAAGAAGCUAUUGAUGCCUUGAUUGAAGCUCUUCUCAGAAAGGAGUUUCCCAAUUUCCAAGCAGUAGCUCUUGAUUCAAUAUUGUUUCUUUCUGGCAGACUGGCUCCUUCAGGAAAGCCUUGUGCUGAAGCCUGGUUACUCAAGAUUGCAGGCUACAACCAAGCCUACGAUGCUAUGAUGAAAAUCGACAACAUCAACAGACAAGAAAACGAAAGGAUAUUGGAAGAUGAAGAAAAGGUUGCACGUUCUUGGGAGAAGAAGGUAGCAUUUGUGCUUUGCAACCAUGAUAAGGGUGUCAUUUUCAAAGCUUUGGAGGAAUGUCUAAAGAGUACCUCAAUAGUAGUGGCGAAGUCGUGCCUUGUCUGUGCCACAUGGCUGAUAUAUAUGCUGUAUAGGCUUCCUGAUACUGGUAUAAGAGACGUUGCUCGCAAACAUUUACUCCAACAGUUCAUAAAUGUGAUUCAAUCUUCCAAAAACUUUGAGGAGAAGAUAUUGGCAGCAAUUGCUUUGAGGAGCUUCAUAAAUGAUGCUAGCGCACUAAAAGAUAUUGGCAUGUAUGCUAGAUGCAUUUACAAAGCUUUGAGAAAGCUUAAGAAGAAUUGCAAGAUGAUAAAAGAUAUACUAAAAGCUUUGAUUAAUUUGCCAACUGUAAAUCCUGCCGAGUUAUGGAGUUGUAGUGAAGCUGCGGAACUAGAUUCAUGCACAAACGGAGAGGUUCUUUCUUUGUUGCAUCUCCGAGGUCGUCUUAUAAGUUCUCAUUCUGAUGGAACUAUAAAGGUCUGGAAUGCUAGUAAGAAGGUUCCACAUCUGAUUCAAGAAGUUUGUGAACAUGCAAAAGCUGUAACAUGCCUUUAUGUUCCAUCUUCAAGCAACAAAUUAUACAGUGGUUCCCUUGACAAAACAAUUAGGGUAUGGGCAAUAGAGCAUGAUGGAAUACACUGCAUUCAGGUUCAUGAUGUAAAAGACUCAGUUCACAACCUGAUUGCAAAUGCAGAUGUUGCAUGUUUUUCAUCCCAUGGAAUAGGAGUCAAGAUUUACAACUGGGUAGGAGUCCCAAAGCAUAUAAACUUUAACAAAUCAGUUAAAAGUCUUGCCGCAUCAGGAAGUAAACUAUAUUGCGGUUGUAGCGGUUACAGCAUACAGGAAGUUGAUUUAUGCGACUACACCAGUUGUACGUUUUAUUCUGGUACAAGAAAGUUGUUGGGCAAACAAAUCAUACAUUCUCUGUAUGUUCAAAAUGGACUUCUCAUUUCCGGAGGCUCCUCUGUUGACGGUUCAGCAGGAAAGGUUUUCUCUCUGUCUUCAAAAUCUGUAAUGGGAUCAUUAUCAACUGGACAUGACAUACACCAAAUAGCUGUGAAUAAUGACUUUAUUUUUGCUGCUACUAAAUUGGGAACUGUUGAAGUAUGGUUGAAAGAAGGAAUGGAAAGAGUUGCUUCCAUUAAUGCAGGUAUUGGGGGAAGUGGAAAGUUAGUAUCACUGGUGUCGGAUAAAGAUGGAGAUAUGUUAUUUGCUGGAUUCUCUGAUGGAAAAAUUCGGGUAUGGAGUUUGGAAUGAGUGAUAUUCAGAAUAUAUGAAUCUUAAUUCAAUGUUGAAGCAAGAGAAAUCUAUGAGUCUUUCAGCAUAAUCUCUUUAAGCACAUAAAUAUUUGUACAGAC